AAGUACCUGUCCUGGACCAAACAGAACUCUUCUUCUCACUUCCUCCACUUCCACGGCAGGCACCAGCAAAGUAGACGCAAAGAUGAGUUACUCCAGUGAGAUGUACAGCAGCAGCUCAUAUCGUAAGAUCUUCGGUGAUGCUCCGCGGCCGGGUCGUGCAGGUCUGGGCAGCAGCAGCCCGUCCCGAGUGCACACCUCGGGGUACCGCAGCCGCACCUACGGGUCCCCGUCAGUGAUGUCCUCCACCAGCUACCGCAGGAGCGCCGCACCCGGCCGGGUCUUCUCCUCCUCCUCCAUGCAGGACUCCCUGAUGGACCUGACCCAGUCCACGGCGGUCACCAACGAGCUCAAGAUCAUCCGCACCAACGAGAAGGAGCAGCUGCAGGGGCUCAACGACCGCUUCGUGUCCUUCAUCGAGAAGGUGCACAACCUGGAGCAGCAGAACAAAGUCCUGGAAGCGGAGGUGACCUUGCUCCGGCAGCGCAACAACGAGCCUUCACGCCUGCACGAGCUCUACGAGCAGGAGAUCCGCGAGCUCCGCGCCCGCGUGGAGGAGCUGACUCACGAGAAGAGCCAGAUGCACCUGGACUGCGUGCAGAUGAGCGAGGCGCUGGAGCGCCUGCGCGAGAAGCUCGACGAGGAGGCCAGGCUGCGAGAAGAAGCCGAGAACGCCCUGAAGGGCUACCGAAAGGACGUGGACGACGCCACCCUGGCGCGCCUGGAACUGGAGAAGAAAGUGGAGUCGCUGCUGGAUGAGAUCGCCUUCCUGCGGAAAGUUCACGAGGAGGAGCUGCAGGAGUUGCAGUCGUCGCUGCAGGCCACGCAGGUGUCAGUGGAGAUGGACAUGAGCAAACCGGACCUGGCGGCGGCCCUGAAGGACAUCCGGGCCCAGUAUGAGAACCUGUCAUGCAGGAACCAGGCCCAGGCAGAGGAAUGGUAUCGCUCCAAGUUUGCAACCGUGACUGAGGCCGCGGCUCGCAACCAGGAUGCCAUCAAGCACUCCAAGGAGGAGCUGACCGAGUACCGCAGGCAGGUGCAAGCCCGCACCUUGGAAAUUGAGGCCCUCAGGGGCCACAAUGAGGCCCUGGAGAGGCAGAUUGCUGAGAUGGAGGAUCACCACAACAGUGAAAUUGGAGACAUGCAGGACACCAUUCAGCAGCUGGAGGCUGCACUGCGCAGCACCAAAGGAGAAAUGUCCCGUCACCUGCGCGAAUACCAGGAUCUACUCAAUGUCAAAAUGGCACUGGACAUUGAAAUUGCUGCUUACAGGAAGCUGCUGGAAGGCGAAGAGUGCCGCCUCAGCACUGUCGGCGGCGCCAUGGUCCAGUCCGGGUACCCGGGCUUCUCCUACAUGUCAUCCCGCACCUACUCCCUGGGAGCGUACAGGAAGCCCAAGCCUGAGGAGGAGGAGGAGGAAGAAGAAAAGGAAGAUGAGGAUGACGGAGAGGAGAAUGACGACGAGGGUGAGGAAGAAGACGAGGGAGUCGACCAGGAGGGAGGUGAAGGCGAGGAAGAGGAGGAGGAGGAAGAAGAGGAGGAGGAAAAGCCGAAAGAGAAGGUUGAGAAGGAGAAGAAGAAGGAGAGCCCCACUGGGAAGGCCAGCAAGAACUAAACUGCUUCUGUAGCGUCCCCAGCAUCACCACUUGUCAUUGUACAUGCUUAUUAGAUCAUAUGGUUGCAUCACCCAUUUGCAAAGUGCUGAAUCAGUAGAAACGUGGGCUCCAGUAAAGCUAGCAUGAUGAUAAUUUUCCCUGUCAGCAAAUAUUGUGCCAUUCCUGACCGACUAGCGCAAUCAAACCCUUGACUAGCACACACGAGCACACAGACUUGACAGCCAGGCCAACUUUUACGGUGCUAUGUGAUUUUUACAGAUAAAAGUUGGCAGACAUUUUUAUCAGAGCACGAUCAGCUCAAAGCGUAACGUAACGUAAGCGCAUGCUCAUCAUCGCUAUCCAUCAAGUCUGUCCCUUCAGUGCUCUCUUUUUGUCAAAACACAGCAAUAAUGGCAACGCAAAAGGUUUUCUUGAAUGCGGGCGCAGGUUAUCGUGAAUUGUCUCCAUGCAGGGCUGCGGUGUAGGGGGGAAAAGGUAGGACAAUUCAAAAGACCAGGGGCUCCCCAAAAAUUGGUAAUUAUUCAAAUAUAAAAAGGUGCGGCUCAACGUGUUUUUUUUUUUUUUUUUAAUGGGGCCAAGAAUUCCUGGCUGCACCCCCGUUUCCAUGUGUGAUGUUUUCCCAUCUUCCUCAAACAAACAUGGCCAUAUUUUAUGUUGACUGUAGAGAUGGGAGUGUGGCUGAGUGGCAGGCAGCUGACCGUGACACUGACGGCCCUCCACUCAGACUGCAAGUGGCAGGUGGGUCACGGUUGUGCGGCGUACAAAAGGGCUAUUUUCACCCUAACCCCUUCUUAUUGCUUUACCCUGAACUGUUAGUAACACCGCCAUUCAUCAGUCAUUUAUCAUUUCCCCCUCUUUGACAAAUGAAUGAAACGACGGGCACAAAUGCAUGGCCUGAUUCUGCAGUUUGGAAAUCCUGAUUUGCUUGUUGUGUGCUCAAUUUAAACUUGCCUUAACCGUAACUGAAACUGAAAUGCAACACCCGCAUUGUACUCGUUUCCGGGGAGGGGGGUCAGAGGAGUGCUACAUACAUAACUGUGACUGUACAUGCUGCUCGCUCAUGCAGUGAUAUUUCUCGCAAAAGCCAAAUAAAGCUAUUAGUGAUGUGUGGGUCGCGAACCAAACAGCUUUUCCAG